AUGGCCACAGAACAGGUAAGCGGGCACCAUGGACCAGACCCAGCCCCUUGCCCCCAGAAGCCCUCUGUGGGGGUUGUGGCUCCCACGAGUGGUGCUGAGGGGCAACCCUUGACCAGGAGGAGGAGCAAGAGGGAGAAAGGUGCUGGCAACUCUUGGGAACAGACCCCCAUCCAGGGCCCUGAGGCUCCAGGGAACAGCAAGAACCCCUCCAAGCCAGGAGAAGGUCAGGAGGAGCCAGCCCCUGUGCCAGCCUCUCGUCGUCGCCAGUCCCACCGGCAUUGUCCCGCUCCCCACCACGCUGCUCAGAAGAUAUAUGGGCCCCUGCUCAACCGCACCUUCGGGAAGGACCGUGAACUGGGCCCGGAGGAGCUGGAUGAGCUUCAUGCUGCCUUCGAGGAGUUUGACACUGACCGUGAUGGCUACAUUGGCUACCGGGAUCUGGGCACCUGCAUGAGGACACUGGGCUACAUGCCAACGGAAAUGGAGCUCAUUGAGGUCUCACAGCACGUCAAAAUGCGAAUGGGUGGCCGCAUGGACUUUGAGGAAUUUGUGGAACUAAUGGGCCCAAAGCUGAAGGAGGAGACGGCGCACAUGUUGGGGGUGCGAGAGCUGUGCAUCGCCUUUCGAGAGUUUGACAGGGACAGGGAUGGACGCAUCACAGUGGCAGAGCUGCGACAGGCAGCACCUGCUCUGCUGGGAGAGCCGCUGGUGGGCCCUGAAUUGGAUGAGAUGCUCAGAGACGUGGACCUCAAUGGGGACGGCGCUGUGGACUUCGAUGAGUUUGUGAUGAUGCUUUCCACCCACUGAGGCUCCAGAAGGGAGACUGCAUUGCCCUUCUGGCCCCAGACUGGCAGGGUUCAUGCUGCAUACCCUCCCAACAAGGCCCCAGGAUGGGAGAGACCAGGCUUCUUCUGCCCCUGACAACACCUGGCCGGAGAGUUGGCUUGUGAUGUCACCUGCCCACCCUCAUCUUCACCUCCCUCCCACCCAAGCUGCCUGGAGAAAACCUGACCAUCAUUCCCCAGUGUGAGCAAGAUUUGGAUCUCUCUAGCCCCUUGGGAGGUAGGGAGCUCCCUGGCACUGGCAGCAUUCAAAGAUGGGGCAGUUUUGGGAGUUGAUUAAGAGGGUGGCUGGACGUCUCCCACUACUUAUGUGUAGAAAUUAAAAAAAAAAAAAGCUGAACUUGAAAGAAAGAAAGGGAUGACCUAGGUACCAAAGACAAAGAGGGAACUCCAAGCUGGAUGGUGGUGGGGAGCAGACACAGUAGGGGCUUCAGACCUGUAGGUUCAAGAGCCUGGGCUCUGACACCAGGAGUGACAAAAGACCUGUAAGAGGGUGGGGAGCAAGACAUGACCCUGAGUACAUUCCAGGGUCUCAAGGGGUACCCUGUUCUUGGAAAGGGAACCAAAAUAUAACUCCAUCCACCAGCCUGAGGAAUUGGCAAGGAUACAGAUAUCCAGGGCCUUGAGUGGUAAAAGUUACCCUAGCGAACCAAAAAUUCAGGCCUGCACAUCAAGCAAGAGUGAGAUCUAUCUCCAUGGUAUGAAAAGCUGGAGAAAUAGGAAAAACCUGCUGAGAAGGGCACGCUUUCAAAUCAGGGCACAUGGGACUCACACACACACACACACACACACACACACCUGUCACUUCUGAAGAUGAACUCAUGACAAACAAAUCACAAAUCACAUAAGGAAACAAGUCACUCUGAGAGAGAAUAGGCAGAUGCAACAAACAGGAGAAUUGGCACCCCAAAGUGUAAAUAAUAGAACCAUCUAAAAGAGACCAUAAAGUAAAUGCAAAAAAAAAAAAAAAAAAAAAAAAAAAGGAUGACACAAAAGAAGGAAGAGAGGAGCCCAAUAUGCAAUAACAGGAUGGUAUUAAAACUGAACAGGGAGAUUAAAAAAAAAAAAGUAGCACAACACAACUUCUAAAAAUAAAGGAGAUAGCCAUUGGAAUGAAAAAUAUCCAUGGAUAAUUUAAACAGCAGAUUAGAAAUAAUGUAAGAGAAGAUUAAUAAACUGGAAGCUAUUAUCUGAGAAAUCACCCAUAAGGUAGUACUGAGGGAUAAAAAGAGGGAAAAUAUUAAAGGGUAGUUGAAAGUCAUCAGGAUUCUCAGAAGGAGAAAAUAUAGAGAAUGGACAUGAGGCCAUAUUUAAAGAGAUGAUGGCAAAAAUUUUCCCUAAAGACGUCCAUAAAGCCAAGUGCCCAGACUGAAGGGGCACGUUGGAGCCAGAGAAAGAUAAAUAAAAAUAAAUGUAUAUCUAGAUGCAUCCCAGUGAAACUGCAGAAUACAAAAGGAAAGUGAAAGGGUUUCCCACACAGUCUUGUUGAAAGGAUGGCUACAGUAAGAAGGAAAUUCAAUCCAGAAAUUCAAGUCAGAGUAUGUACUAAAUAAUAGUCAGGAAAGAAACCAGUAAGCACAUUGGUAGAUCUAAAGAUGCAUUUACUGUAAAAAAAAAAUAAUAAUUUGGGGGAUUUUAAAAACAAGGAGGGUCUAAAAUAAUAGACAAAAACAAAAUGAAGGUGGGAGGGGAUGCUUUAGACAUACUGAAAUCUUUUUUUCUUGUUUUUCCUAGAGGAGGAUAGAUGAAUUGAUUAACUUUAGACUUUUUAAAACUAUUUAAGGGUAACUACUAAUAUAAUAUAAAUAGAGAGAAUGUUCCAUUUAAUAGUGAAAUCAAUAGAAGAGGAAAAGGGGGAAGUGGAGAAUUCUUGGUUAAGCCAGUAGCAGGCUGGGAAAGAGGGGGAAAAAGCAAAGAAAAACAAAGCCCAUAGAAAACAUUAAAACAGAAGGUAGAAGUAAUCCUAAAAAACCAAAAAUUACAAUAAAUAUAAACAGAUUAAGUUUUUCAGUUAAAAGUCUGAGUCUCAGUCCCCGAAGAAAGUAUCAAUAUUAGAUAGGGUGCCUUGUGAGUGACAGAGACCCAAAAUAAUACCUUAAACUGGAUAGAACUUUAUUUCCCCCACAGGAAGUCUUAGCUUCUUAGGUGAAAUCCAGCUGUAUGGUCUUCAGGGACCCAGGCUCCUUCUGCUGUAUUCUCUGCCAUUCCUAGAGUAUGCCCACAUUUUUUUGUUUUCCAGGAGGCAGGAUGGAGGCAGGAACAAAGGAGAAAGGGGGCAAAGAGCACGAGCCACAUAAUCAUACCCCAUUGGCAGGGCUCCUUGCCUGGCACACCUAGCUGCAAAGGAUGCUAGGAAAUGCAAUCCUUAUUUUGGGUGGCCAUGUGCCCAGUGAAAAACCAGAGGUUCUACAACUACAACGGCAGAGGGCAGAUAUCAAAGGGCAACUAUCAGGCUCUUCCCCACAGCUGAGUGCAGGAUAUGAGUCAUGUUCAAAGCAUAAUGACAAUGGAAAGGCUGAAAGUGAUGGCUUGAAAAAAAGAUUUACUAGGAGAAAUGAAACCAAAAGAAAGUUAUGAGCUAUGAAGCAAACAGCAUUAGAGUCACAAGUCACUAAGGAAAUCUAAUGUUCCUAAUGUAUGCAACUAUUAAUGUGUUUUCCAACUAAAAACAAAUUCUAUUUAGAGUUUAGAUAUUCAUUAUUCCCUGAGUAUAGUGUUGCUGCCAAUCCAACUUGGAUGCCAUAGAUUAACCAGUAAAAUCAAUCACAUUAAAACUUUAAACAUUUCGAUUCAGGGUUCUGUCAAAGUAUAUAGCCCAAGUGUUGGCAAAUGUUUCCUGUAAAGGGCGGUAAAGAUUUCAGGCUCUGAUGACCAUGUGUUCUCUACUGCAGCUGUGUAGUUUGUGUCUCCAAGAAGCUGGGGUCAACAUGUAAACAAUGGGUCUGGCUGUGUUGGAACUUUAAUAAAGAAGAAUGAAUUAAGGUUGAUUUAUUGACACUGAAGUUUGAAUUUUAUAAACUUUCAUGUGUCACAAAAUCUUAUUAUUCUUUGACUUUUCCCAACCAUUACUAAAAUGUGAAAACUAUUCUUAGCUUGGGGGCCCUGUUGGGCCUGUGGGCGAUAGCUUGCUGACUUCCGAUAGCCUUUUAAUAGGGAGAGUCACAACUUCUGGGACCACUUUAAGAUUGUUGAAUGACAAAGUUACCAGCAUAGUAGCAAA